AUGGGUCAGCCCGCAUCCCCGCGGCCCCGCACUGCCCUUUAUGUGGCACCCACUGGGUGCCGGGACCCCUGGAGCCCAGGCCUGCGCCCCCUGAGCCUGACCCGGGCAGGCAGCGCGCAGGCGGAUCGGCUGCUGGCUCCUCCUCACCGAGUGUGGCCCCCGGGUCGUCGGCCUGCGCUGCAGGAACAGAGCCCUCCGGUGGACAUCCUGGUCCUCAGGGAGGACCGCAAAGCCUUCAGUGGGCUGGGCGGGAGGAUGGACGGGGCUCUGGGCAGCCUCUCCACCAUGGAUGUGCUCCACCAGGCCAAGCUGUCCUGUCCCUGGCGCCACUACCUCUGGUGGCUGCUACUGCAGCUGCUGGUGGCUCUGAGUUUCUACUCCUACCUGCGGGUGUCACAGGACAAUCCCACUGGACCUCCUAGGGCAGAGGUUCCCUGCAGGGAACCUGUCCCCCCCACUGCCAACAGGUCCCUCCUGAUCCUCUUGUGGACGUGGCCCUUCCACACCCCUGUGGCUCUGUCCCGCUGCUCGGAGCUGCGGCCUAGUGAGGCCGACUGCCAGCUGACCACGAACCGCAGCCAGUACCCCUGGGCAGAUGCUGUCAUCGUGCACCACCGGGAGAUCAGCGACUCGCCCAGGAGGCAGCUGCCGCCGUCCCCGCGGCCGCCCGGGCAGCGCUGGAUGUGGUUCAGCAUGGAGUCGCCCAGCCACUGUCGCCAGCUGCAGGCCCUGGACGGGCUCUUCAACCUCACCAUGUCCUACCGCAGCGACUCGGACGUCUUCACGCCCUACGGCUGGCUCGAGCCCUGGCCGGGCCCGCCCGAGCCCGCGGGCCUCAACCUCUCGGCCAAGACCGAGCUGGUGGCCUGGGUGGUGUCCAACUGGAGAGAGGACUCGGCCAGGGUGCGCUACUACCGGCAGCUGAGCGCGCACCUCCCGGUGCACGUGUUCGGGCGGUCGCACCAGCAGCUGCCCCGCCAGGCCAUGGCGGGGCGCCUGGCGCAGUACAAGUUCUACCUGGCCUUCGAGAACUCGCAGCACCGCGACUACAUCACCGAGAAGCUGUGGAACAACGCCCUGCGCGCCUGGGCCGUGCCGGUGGUGCUGGGCCCCAGCCGGCAGAACUACGAGCGCUUCCUGCCGCCCGACGCCUUCAUCCACGUGGAGGACUUCCCCAGCCCCCAGGCCCUGGCGCGGCACCUGCUAGAGCUGGACCGCGACCCCGCGCGCUACCUGGGCUACUUCCGCUGGCGGGAGACCCUGCGGCCCGUGUCGGGCAGCUGGGCGCUGUCUUUCUGCAAAGCCUGCUGGCGGCUGCAGCAGGGCUCCAGGUACCAGACGGUGCCCAGCAUCGCCUCUUGGUUCACCUGA